UUUUUUCUGUGUGCAUGUCUCACAUUUCCCUCCGACCGUACGAAAUCCAAGUCCCCGAGGAAGAAGUGAGAGAGAAACUCACAGAGGGCUCGAUCUCAGCCCUAGCUUAGAAAGGUCGAAUUUAUUACGUGAAUAGCGUUGGACAAGCCCGUUUCCCAAAGAAACACUACAUUGUUGAUUGCAAUACCUCAAAUUACAAUGCUUCUCGUGUGUACAAUCUGGUUCCAAUAGAUUUAUUUUGUGCGGAUUUUUUCUUGGCUUUGAGAUGGCUACUAAGAAAAUUAUAGCUAUAUGUCAAUCCGGGGGCGAGUUUGUGGCGAAUAAAGAUGGGUCUUUGUCGUACAAUGGCGGUGAGGCUUAUGCACUGGAUCUCGAUGAGCAAACCCUUUUGAAUGACUUCAAGCAGGAGCUAGCCGAAACAUUUCAUUCCGGUGUGGAUGGUAUGUUGAUUAAGUACUUUCUCCCGGGAAACAAAAAGACACUCAUUACAAUCUCUAAAGACAAGGACCUCAAGCGCAUGGUAAACUUCUUCCAGAAUGCUGACCAAGUGGAGGUCUUUGUCAUAUCAGAAGAAGGUGCUGCUCGGAAUAUAUCGAACAUGCCUGCCAGUAGGUCGAGCAGGACGACUGUGUCAGAGGCAGUGGUUCCUGUAGCUACCCCUGUGAAUAUGAGCCAUCCAGAUGAUCCGAUUGAUACGAUGAUGCCCACUGACGCCUCUCCAGUGGGUACUGUUGUUGAACACAGUGAUGACAGACAUCGUAAAGCUGCAAUGCAGUGGGAGAACACCAUUACUGGCGUGGAUCAAAGAUUUAGAAGUUUUCCUGAAUUCCGUGAAGCUCUGCAUAAAUACUCAAUUGCACAUGGUUUUACUUAUAAAUAUAAGAAAAAUGAUAGUCAUCGUGUGACUGUCAAAUGCAAAUCAGAAGGUUGUCCGUGGAGGAUAUAUGCAUCUAGGUUAGCCACCACCCAGUUAAUUUGUAUUAAGAAAAUGAGCGCAAGACAUACAUGUGAAGGAGCUACUGUAAAAGCUGGGUAUCGCGCCGGAAGGGGAUGGGUGGGAAAAAUCAUAAAGGAGAAGUUGAAAGAAUCUCCUAACUACAAGCCCAAAGAUAUUGCCAGUGACAUCAAAAGAGAGUAUGGGAUUCAACUAAAUUAUUCUCAGGCAUGGCGUGCAAAGGAACAGGCAAGGGAGCAACUUCAGGGCUCUUAUAAAGAGGCAUACAAUCAGGUGCCAUUGUUCUGUGAGAAGAUAAAGGAAACUAAUCCAGGUAGUAUUGCUUCAUUUGCCACAAAGGAAGACUCAAGCUUCCAUCGUCUUUUUGUCUCAUUUCAUGCGUCAAUCUCUGGAUUCCGACAAGGUUGCCGCCCUCUCCUUUUCCUGGAUAGCACUUCUCUAAAUUCUAAAUACCAAGGGAUGUUGUUAGCUGCAACAGCUGCAGAUGGUGAUGAUGGCGUCUUUCCGGUUGCUUUUGCUGUUGUGGAUGCAGAAACUGAUGACAACUGGCGUUGGUUUCUACUGGAGUUGAAAUCUGCAGUGUCAACUGACCCUCCAAUUACAUUCGUUGCAGAUUUUGAGAAUGGUCUAAGAGAGUCAUUGCAUGAGAUAUUUGAAAAAUGCCCACAUGGUUAUUGUCUACGCUAUCUAGCUGAGAAACUUAAUAGAGAUCUGAAGGGGCAGUUUUCACAUGAAGCAAGACGUCUCAUGGUUCAAGAUUUUUAUGCUGCCGCUUAUGCUCCUAAACUUGAGGAUUUUGAUCGAUGUACUGAUAACAUAAAGGCUAUCUCUCCUGAAGCUUACAAUUGGGUUAUACGAAGUGAGCCAGAGCACUGGGCAAAUGCAUUUUUUGGAGGGGUAAGGUAUAACCAUAUGACAUGCAACUUUGGGCAACUGUUCUACAGUUGGGUAUCAGAAGCAAAUGAGUUGCCAAUUACACAACUGGUUGAUGUAUUACGAGGUAAGAUGAUGGAGUUGAUCUAUUCACGACGGGUUGAUUCCACUCAGUGGGUAACCAAGCUAACACCGUCUAUGGAGGGAAAGCUACAAACUGAGACUGCAAAUGCACGCUCACUUCAAGUGUUACUCUCACAUGGUAGCACAUUUGAGGUUCGAGGUGACUCUGUUAAUAAUGUUGACAUUGAUCAUUGGGACUGUAGCUGCAAAGGAUGGCAGCUUACGGGAUUGCCUUGUUGUCAUGCCAUUGCUGUUUUUGAAUGCCUUGGUAGGAGCCCAUAUGAGUAUUGCUCCAGAUAUUUCACUACUGAGAGUUAUCGCUUAACAUAUGCGGAGUCAAUUCAUCCAGUGCCAAGUCUAGAGAAACCAGUGAAGAGUGAACUGACUCAGAUAGUUGUCACUGUAACUCCUCCACCAACUAAACGUCCACCAGGCCGGCCAAAGAUGAAGCAGGCUGGAGCGAUAGAAAUAAACAAACGUCAACUUCAGUGUAGCAAGUGCAAGGGACUUGGCCACAAUAAGAAGACAUGCAACAAGGCGAUAAAGAACGACGAUGCAUCACAUACUGAUCUCGUGAUUAGUCUGGCAGCCGAGGAGGAGACUUGAGAGAAGCACAUGAUGUUUGGUACCUUCUUUUUUCUGUGUAUUUAACCCGUCAUUGCUCGUCUUUUUUAAGUCCCUAUUUUCAAACAAAUGUUAUAACCUGUGAAAUAGGUGUCAUGGAAAAUUCUAGUCAGAUUUCAUCUAAGUCUUCUAGUUGCUGCUAGCCAGAGAACAAACGCUCAAAUUUUUUUAAUUAUGUUUGUGAAGUGUUUUAUUUUCUUUC